CUUACUUUGUAUUCACGUCACUUUUUUGUCUUCUACGGUUCUCUUUUCCGCUUCUUUACUUAAAACUGUGGUCUUGGAGUUCAACAGACUCCUUUUCUCUUGAUAGAAAGGCAAAUCCCAGUUAGCUGAACAGGUCCAUCCUGUAAUCAACACACCAAACAGCGUCAAAACCACAUCGUCAACAUGGACCCCAAAACAGAUCAAAAGGUCGCCGAAAUGUCUCCUGAAAAAGACCCCGCGUCAUUCGACGCAGUUCCCCUAGAGUCUGGGCAGGAGCAAAUACAGAAGGGUCGCUGGGAGCGCAGUUGGCCCACCAUUGCUUGCGGUGCUGGUCUUUUUUCGGACGGUUAUCUCAACGGAGUUAUCGGCCCCGUCAACACUAUCCUCGGUCAAAUCUACCCCGAUACGUACAAAAACUCCCCCGCCAGUCAGAACGUCGCGGCCAUCACCUUCGCGGGAACGGUGCUCGGACAGCUAGUGUUCGGAUACCUGAGCGAUCACUGGUCGCGCAAGUGGUCCCUCAUGAUCUCCACAAUUAUUCUGAUCAUAUUCGGUGCCUUGAGUGCAGGCUCCUAUGGAUACCAUGGUAGCACUUACGGCAUGUUUGCUGCCCUGACUGCGUAUCGAUUCUUUCUGGGUAUUGGAAUCGGCGGCGAGUAUCCUGCCGGCUCUGUUGCUGCAGCCGAGAACACCAAUGAGCUGAAGAGUGGCCACCGGAAUAGAUGGUUCAUCAUGUUCAGCAAUUUCCAGAUUGACUUUGCUUACGUCGUGUCUGCCUUGGUGGCUAUGAUUUUGGUACUGAUCUUCUCGGAAGACCAUCUGCGUGCGGUCUGGCGUAUAGCGUUGGGCCUGGGCGUGAUCCCUCCCUUGAGCUUGUUUUAUCUGCGGUUGAAGUUGAACGAACCCGAGCAGUUUGACAAGGAGCGCAUGCAUAAGUUUCCAAUUUGGUUGAUUGUCAAAUUCUACUGGAAACGCUUGACUGUUGUCUCUCUUAUCUGGUUCAUCUACGAUUUCUCGGCCUAUUCGUUCAACAUCUACUCUUCAAAGUGGGUGGCAAUCAUCUUGGGAGACAGUGCUCCUCUGUGGAAAUCCUUCGGUUGGACCACCGUCACCAAUGCCUUUUACAUCCCGGGCUCUUUCCUCGGUGCAUUGGCGAGUGACUGGAUCGGGCCCCGAAAUACUUUGGCCCUUGGUGUCGGCCUGCAGGGUAUCAUCGGAUUUAUCAUGUCUGGCUGUUACGAGUAUCUCGCAACUCCCCAGAACGUCGCAGCGUUUGUCGUCGUAUUCGGUAUCUUCUCAGCCCUCGGUGAGUUCGGACCAGGUGACAAUAUUGGACUGUGUGCUGCAAAGACCAGCGCCACGGCUAUUCGAGGACAGUACUAUGCAAUCGCCGCCGCAGCGGGUAAGAUCGGUGCUUUUGUAGGCACCUACGUGAUGCCCAUUGUUCAGAACAAUGCUCCCAACGAAAUUCGCUCUGGCCAGGAUCCGUUUUUCGUCUCGAGCGCGCUGUGUAUCUUCAGUGCUGCACUGGCGUACUUCCUUCUGCCCCAGAUCACGCAGGAAACCAUCGGCGAGGAAGAUGCGAAAUUCCGUGCCUUCCUUGAAGCUAAUGGAUACGACACCACCACGCUCGGCAACAGAGAGCAGCAGUAAUCGGGUUUUCUGACGGCAGUCUUUGUCUGCAGACCUGUAUGCUGCCUGUAUUGGCCAUCCUCCCAAGUAUCCCGCCCAAGCAGCGCCAAACCAGCCCCUUUGCGACUUUUACGACUUGAACUUGUGAUGAUUCCAUGUGGCAUUCGGUGAUUUCCCUUGCGGCCAUGAAAAGCAGCCCCUGCGACAUAGUCCCGAUACCAACCCGACGUUCCAGAAGCAGUACAACGUGCGCGAGAAUUUGCCCCAACGACGUUAUCAGUAGUAGUCCGCAAAGGACGGGACCCCAAGCAGCAAGAUACAGCCCGGAAGCGAGAUUGGUAGAAAAAGAUCGAUGCGAUGGUCCUGGAUCGGACACAACUUGAAUUCAGGGUGAUGUCUCCAAUGUACCCUAGCCAAUGAGUAGUUAUAGAAGACCGAGCAUUGUCCAC